AUGCCCGCACCAGUACUACAGGAUUCUGCGGCAGCACCAGCUCAAGCUCGACCGCAGAGAGGAGCACAGCUCAAAGCCAAGCGCGCAAGACACCAAUUUGCAGUGGGAUUGAGAAGGAGAGCUCGUGGCAAGGUCAUCACUGGGAGGUCUGGGGCGGCAUUUGCACCAGUGCUGCAGAAGGAUACUUCCGUUCCAGCACCACCAGCUCAACCUGGACCACAACCAGGUGACACUUGGCACGUGUACAUCGAUGGAUCCUGCCGCGGCAAUAAACAUGUGCAAAAGCAGCAUUCUCCUGCGGGCUGGGGCGUGGCGGUAUACCUUUGUCAGGGCACAUCUGAGCGGCUCUUUUGCUCAUUGUUUGGCCCGGUGAUCACUUCGGCGUCCCCAUCCCCGUCGGGCCCGGCGUUGAGCCUUGGUGCAGAGUAUGGUUCCAACAACACCGGCGAGCUGAGUGCCUUUGGUGAGGCGCUCCUGUGGCUGCGGGAUGAAGCUCCACCAUCCAACUCUGGAGAGCGCAUUCCGGUUGUCCUGCACUAUGAUUCAAAGUAUGCCAAAAAGGUGAUCACUGGUGAGAACAAGGCCCAAAAGAAUCAGCGCUUGGUGGAUGAAGUGCACAAACUUUGGCGGGAAGAAUCUGCAAAGCGGCGCAUUGAUUUGAAAUGGGUGCAUGGUCACACUGGCAACGCCGGUAACGAGUUGGCGGACACGCUGGCCAAAAAAGGAGCAACAGGCCGCUACAGCUCGGUCUCUCUUCGAUGGACGGCAGCUUUGGACAGCAUAGGUGUCCGAGCUUCCUCAGUGAGGUCAGAAGAAGGAGAACGGCUGGAAGCCAAGCGUGCAAGACAAUCUCCUUCCGAGUCACAUGUGGAUAUCUUGCUCUUUGGGCCUUUGAAGGGGGCGCCUUUGGCAGAGGUUGUUCAGCAGCACCCGUCUGCGGCAAUCAAGGCAUUGGCGACCUUGCAGAGCUACUUGAAGGAGACAGGACUUUGGGAGGCACGCGUCUCUUGUGUUGCAGUGACAGCAUGA